ACUCGGUGUCACGACGGAGGAGACUCAGGCAGGCCGCGCUCCCGCCUCACCCCCCUCCCUGGCUCGUCGUGGCUCUCUGAGCCCCCUUUCCAGCGCCCCCAGCCGCGGGGCCAACCGCUCAGACUCGCACCAAACUUUUCCGCCCUGGGCUCGGGAUUCUGGAUUCUGGGGCCUCCCUGCCCGCCCCUUUCCCGGGUCCCAUCUCCAGCCUCUGGACUAGGAGCCAGCAGCCCCCCUCCCAGCGUCCCUCCCACUCUCUCCAGCCUUUUUGGGGAGGGGCUCUCUACGCUCCGCAGAGUUCCCGAGGGUCAACCCGGCUGCGCUAGCCUUUCCGUUUCGCCUUCACCUGGAUAUAAUUUCUGAGCGAAGCUGCCCCCAGGAUGACCACGCUGGCCGGCGCUGUGCCCAGGAUGAUGCGGCCGGGCCCGGGGCAGAACUACCCGCGCAGCGGGUUCCCGCUGGAAGUGUCCACCCCCCUCGGCCAGGGCCGCGUCAACCAGCUUGGCGGCGUUUUCAUCAACGGCAGGCCGCUGCCCAACCACAUCCGCCACAAGAUCGUGGAGAUGGCCCACCACGGCAUUCGGCCCUGCGUCAUCUCGCGCCAGCUGCGCGUGUCCCACGGCUGCGUCUCUAAGAUCCUGUGCAGGUAUCAGGAGACGGGCUCCAUACGUCCCGGUGCCAUAGGCGGCAGCAAGCCCAAGCAGGUGACAACGCCUGAUGUGGAGAAGAAAAUUGAGGAAUACAAAAGAGAGAACCCCGGCAUGUUCAGCUGGGAAAUCCGAGACAAAUUACUCAAGGACGCGGUCUGUGAUCGAAACACCGUGCCCUCAGUGAGCUCCAUCAGCCGCAUUCUGAGGAGUAAAUUUGGCAAAGGCGAAGAGGAGGAGGCCGACCUAGAGAGGAAGGAGGCAGAGGAAAGCGAGAAGAAGGCCAAGCACAGCAUCGACGGCAUCCUGAGCGAGCGAGCCUCAGUGCCACAAUCCGACGAAGGCUCUGACAUCGACUCUGAACCAGAUUUACCGCUGAAGAGAAAACAGCGCAGAAGCCGAACCACCUUCACUGCAGAACAGCUUGAGGAACUAGAACGUGCUUUUGAGAGAACCCACUACCCUGAUAUUUAUACCAGAGAGGAGCUGGCCCAGAGGGCGAAGCUUACUGAGGCCCGAGUACAGGUCUGGUUUAGCAACCGCCGUGCAAGAUGGAGGAAGCAAGCUGGGGCCAAUCAACUGAUGGCUUUCAACCAUCUCAUUCCGGGGGGCUUCCCUCCCACGGCCAUGCCGACUCUGCCAACAUACCAGCUGUCGGAGACCUCGUACCAGCCCACAUCGAUUCCACAAGCCGUGUCGGAUCCCAGCAGCACCGUUCACAGACCUCAACCGCUUCCUCCGAGCACUGUACACCAAAGCACUAUUCCUCCGAACCCGGACAGCAGCUCUGCCUACUGCCUCCCCAGCACCAGGCAUGGAUUUUCCAGCUAUACAGACAGCUUUGUGCCUCCAUCGGGGCCCUCCAAUCCCAUGAACCCCGCCAUUGGCAAUGGCCUUUCACCUCAGGUAAUGGGACUCCUGACCAACCACGGUGGGGUGCCUCAUCAGCCCCAGACUGACUACGCGCUCUCCCCUCUCACCGGGGGCCUGGAACCUGCCACCACGGUGUCGGCCAGCUGCAGUCAGAGACUAGACCACAUGAAGAGCUUGGACAGUCUGCCAACGUCUCAGUCCUAUUGUCCACCCACCUAUAGCACCACGGGCUACAGUAUGGACCCUGUCACAGGCUACCAAUACGGGCAGUAUGGACAAAGUGCCUUUCAUUAUCUCAAGCCAGAUAUCGCAUAAGAGAAUUGUCCACUUGAAGCUAAAACUGGCCCUGUUUCUGGUGUUCGCAGCCUAGACAUGAAGAAUCUUCUCAGAAAAAAAAUUUACCCUUUUUUUUUGUGGGGGGAGGGGGUCCUGACAGGAGACAAAAGAGAGUGAUUGAUUUUUUUUCUCCAGUAGUUGGUUUCCAAUUCAUUUGAACUUGUUGGACAAAAGCAAUGAAGAAGAGGAAAACCCGGAGCAAUAAAAGACAAAUGCAACGUCUUAAGGCAAUGGUUUAACAUGGCUAUAUAUCAAAAUAUCCCAGCUCUUCAGUGCUGAUGAUCAAGAAACUAAAACAUUCCAUUAGUGUGUGUGUGUGUGUGUGUGUGUGUGCGCGCGCGCGCACGCUUGUAUCUGAGUUUUUCCCAGACUGGUUUGGGCAAGCAGAAUGUUCUAAAAUACAGUAGGAGAAUACUCUAAAGUAUACCAUGUUUGAUGUCCAAUGCUGGCACUUCUACAACUUUAAAACUGCUCACUCCAUGAAGCAGGAAUGGAGGAACCCUUCACUUUUACACACUGGAAAUUGAUAUAAAAAUAAAUGCCACCAUUGUUAGGAAACUAAACUAGAUGUAAAGGACCUCCCAAAUAAAUUAUUUGUUAUCCUAUCCUCCUUUGUAAUCUAGUUGUCCAUAAGUUUCCCAGAAACAUCUUGCUAACAGGAUAUGGGGCUAAGAGGAAGAAAAGCUUGUUUUGUUUUCGGUGUGGGAAGAGGUGUGCGACUUUCUCCCAAUUCAUCUUCAUUUGGAAGCCCCCGUGGGCGAGGGGAAGGGUGUGGUGGAGAGGAGGUGACACGCAUUCACAUAUCUGCUUAUCAGUGUGCAGUACCGUAUACCUCAUGGUGCUUUGGCAAUGCCCAAGGCGCAAUAUCAGCAAAAUCAGAAAUAUAUUUUUGCAGGUGCUUUUAUUUUUGCAGCCCGUAAUUCAUUGUGGUAGAGUGCAGCGAUGUUCACCAUUUGCUGGACAACCAACACCUGGCUUGCUCCUUUUGGUUAGACACCAUGUCAGAGAAUAAUGCUUUUAAAAUGAUUACGUUUACAUUCUUCUCUUUUCUAUGAAAGGCAGGGCACGAACAGAACUGUUCAUGUAGCUCUCAUGUACUUUUAAAUUAUACAAUGAUAUCCAAUAUUAAAAGGUAAUAGGAACUGAGGUUUACAAACAUUUGUGUGGUGACAUUUUAGAAUGUCAAUAAAUCUGUUUUUUUUUUUUUUUUUUUGCAAUGUUAAGAGGAACAGGAAGGUGGAAGGCAGUGUUAUUUAUUUCUUUCUAUUCUUGGAACCGUGAAUGAGGUAGGCACAAAUACAUUCCUUUUAGAGUUAAGAACUAUGAUGUAGAGAGUUAGUGCGACUAGCCAUAGUACCGAGUUUAGUUCAUACAUUGGUCUUAGAGGGUGAUGGAACAAGAGAAAUACUAUCUUUGUGUUGCAGCCUCAACCAACAACGAUGUGUUGUAAAAAUGUCUUUCAUGUAAAAAGUGCAGUAAAUAUUUACUAUUUAUAAUAAAUAAAAACAGUUAUGAAAACUU